CUAUGGUCCUAUUUUCGUCUUAUGCGUGGUGGUGGAUGGCAACGAGGAACAGGAUGCUUACAUGGCUGAGACAAUUACGGAGGUGUUUGGGCAUGAAAACACCAUGCAUAUCAUCCUUGACGACAUAGCUGCUAAUAUUGACGACGGGAAAUGGAAGAAUGAGGUUGUAAAGCCGAUCUCUGAAUACCUUGGGGAUGGCAGCGAAUACACUGGUAAAAUAAGACCUUAUGGUGGCAAACAUGGGUUCAAGGUUCUCACUAUUAGACAACUGCACGAGGGAAAGCGCUCCGCAAUGCAUUGUGCGAUGCGAUUACUAAUCGAUCUCGGAAUUGAUUAUAUUAUGAUGACCGACUCUGAUACCCGUCUCGGUCCAAACUCUCUCGCUCAUAUGAUCAAUCUGCUGGAGUCUGAUAAUAACAUAGGUGCCGUCACUGGAAACGUGGAUAUCUUUAACGCCAAUAAGAGCCCCGUCUCUUUUCUAAGCGCAGUCAGGUACUGGUUCGCAUUCAACAUGGAGCGAGCCGCCCAAAGUUUAUUUGGAGUCGUUUCGUGCGUAUCAGGUCCACUGGGACUGUACAGGGCUAGGGACAUCAAACGUAUACUACAUGACUGGUAUUUCCAAACAUUCUUUUGCGUACGCUGUACGUACGGUGAAGACAGGCAUCUUACAAAUAGAAUUCUUUCUCUUGGCAGAACUGUAAAAUAUACACAUUUGGCAAAAUGUACGACAGAAUCACCAACCAAUUUAAUUAGAUGGAUUGUCCAACAAACACGAUGGACAAAAUCGUUUUACCGUGAACUUGGCUUUAGCUUGUGGUGGGCAUUCAGAAUGAAUUUCUAUCUCAUAUGGGUCUUGUUAUACCAAGGUGUUUACCCUUUCUUCGUUACGGCUACCAUCGUCAUAGUGUUAUUUUCAUCAUCUCCAAUCAGCGUUGCAACCUUGGGUGUAGUUAUGGUAUCAAUUUGUGCAUUAAGAGCGUUAGUGGCAACAGUGAUAUCAAUGAAACCACGUCUCUUAUUCUACUUCAUGUAUAGUUUUUUGUAUAUACUCUUUCUUAUUCCGACUAAGAUUAUCGCUGUAUUGCUUUUAUGGGACACCCGCUGGGGUACUUCCAAUAGGUUAGACGUGAGCAAUGGAAAUCCUGUUCAUCUCAUACCAGUGUUUGUAUGGUUCUGUGUCAUAAUCAUUGGUAUUACAUACAAUCCAAAUUUGUUCUUUGGUUGGGUAAAGUACGUUUAGAAAACGGGAAUUCUCGUUUAAGAGAUCUCUCUAAAAUAUGACUUUAUAAAACUCAUACUCAGUUGAAAGACAUUCCGGAGUAGAUUG